AUGAUCACCAGUGGCGUCUACCGAUUCCGCAUCUCGAAAAUCUUAGGAACAGCUGUAUUGGACGUUUCGACAAAGGCAACGGCGGCCAACGAGCGGCUAAAGUACCCCGUAGCUGCUGCAGCCCUCGACCCCGCGGAACUUCUAAUCUGGAGGCGGGAAGGGAUGCGGGCGUGUAAGCUUGCAAUCGUCGCCGCAGUGGCGUGGGCUGCGCUCAGCG